AGGUUUAUAUAUAAAAGGGCAUAGUUGGAGCUGCCUAACAAAGUAAGUGAAUCAAACUUCACAGUUUUCCUCUCUCUUCACAUUCAUACAAGAAGUCUUCAUUCCUUCAACUCUCUCUGGGAACACAUGGAUAAACCGAAUUCAAGUUUAGGGUUAUGGAGAACACAAUCCGAUCAACUUGCUCAAAUGUCAAGUGACACCUCUAGAGGUGGAGGUGGUGGUGGCAGCAGCGGUGGUAGCGGUGGGACACAUUCAAGAAAGUCUAGUAGACAAAUGGUGUUUGCAUCGCCCGGUAGAACUGGUGGUAGUAGUAGCAAAAACACACACAUUAGAAAGACAAGAAGUGCUCAAAUGAAGUUUGAUCUUGAUGAUGUUGGUAGUGGGGCCGCUUUAAGUCGAGCUUCGAGUGCUAGCUUAGGGUUUUCGUUCUCAUUCACCGGAUUUACCAUGCCUCCAGAUGAGAUUGCGGAUUCAAGACCUUUUAGUGAUGAUGAUAUACCCGAAGACAUUGAAGCUGGAACGCGUAAGAAGUUUCAGACAGAACCCACCUUGCCAAUAUAUCUAAAGUUUAGAGAAGUGACAUACAAGAUAGUUAUUAAAGGAAUGACAUCUACUGUAGAGAAGGAUAUUCUGAAUGGUAUAAGUGGUGCAGUGAAUCCUGGGGAGGUUUUAGCAUUAAUGGGGCCUUCGGGAAGCGGAAAAACUACGCUUUUGAGUUUACUUGGCGGCAGGUUAACGGAUCCGGCCCCCGGGGGGUCAAUCACUUACAACGAAAAGCCGUAUUCCAAGUUUCUCAAGAGCAGGAUCGGGUUUGUGACACAGGACGAUAUCUUGUUUCCUCAUUUAACGGUGAAGGAAACAUUAACAUAUGCGGCUCUUCUACGUCUACCAAAGAAGUUAACCAAACAAGAGAAAGAAAAACGAGCGGCGGAUGUUAUUCGUGAACUAGGAUUAGAAAGAUGUCAAGAUACAAUGAUAGGAGGCACUUUUGUUCGGGGUGUCUCGGGCGGAGAGAGAAAACGUGUUUGUAUUGGACUUGAAAUAAUAAUCAACCCUUCCCUCUUGUUCCUUGACGAGCCGACAUCCGGCUUGGACUCCACAACUGCUUUGAGAAUCGUUGAACUAUUGCAAGACAUAGCCGAGACAGAGAAGACUGUGAUCACCACAAUUCACCAGCCAUCGAGCCGACUUUUCCACAAAUUUGAUAAACUAAUCCUACUUAGCAAAGGGAGCUUGCUUUAUUUCGGGAAAGCAUCCGAAGCCAUGGUAUACUUUUCAUCAAUAGGAUGUUCUCCAUUAAUUUCCAUGAAUCCCGCAGAGUUUUUGCUGGAUCUCGCAAAUGGAAACAUGAAUGAAGUUUCGGUACCUUCAGAGUUAGAGGACCGGGUUGGCAAUUCACAAGAAGAAACGAAAAAUGGAAAACCCGCUCCAUCGGUUGUAUAUGAUUAUUUAGUGGAGGCCUACGAGACACGAGUGGCUGAAGAAACAAAGAAACAACUUAUGAUUCCGGCACCACUCGAUGAAGAUCUAAAGUCAAACGUCGAGUCAACGAAACGUGAAUGGGGAGCAAGCUGGAGACAACAGUACUCGAUAUUGUUUCGCAGAGGACUUAAGGAAAGAAAACAUGAUUAUUUUAGUUGGUUAAGAAUCACACAAGUUCUUGUAACCGCAGUUAUCUUAGGACUUUUAUGGUGGCAGUCACAAGUUCACAGUCCUAAAGACCUUGAUAAUCAAGCAGGAUUGUUGUUCUUCAUUGCGGUAUUUUGGGCAUUUUUUCCGGUUUUCACAGCGAUUUUUACAUUCCCACAAGAACGCGCAAUGUUAAACAAGGAAAGAGCCGCAGAUAUGUAUAGAUUAAGUGCAUAUUUUAUGGCGAGAACAACAAGUGACCUUCCACUUGAUCUAUUUCUCCCAAUGCUUUUUCUCCUUGUUGUUUAUUUCAUGGCAGGCUUGAGAUUAACCGCCGAUUCGUUUUUCUUGACCAUGGUUAUUGUCUUCCUAUGUAUAGUUGCAGCUCAGGGACUUGGGCUAGCUAUUGGUGCUAUGUUGACCGACUUGAAGAAAGCAACGACGUUAGCUUCUGUAACCGUAAUGGCCUUCAUGUUGGCUGGUGGUUAUUUUGUGAAGGAUGUUCCAAUAUUCAUUGCAUGGUUACGUUACUUGUCGUUCAAUUAUCACACAUACAGAUUACUUCUGAAAGUGCAGUACGAAACCAUAAGUCCUGUAAUCGAUGGUAUAAGACUCGACAGCGGCUUGAAGGAAGCUACUGCACUGGGAAUUAUGGUGUUUGGAUACCGUCUUUUGGCAUACCUUUCUUUGAGGAGAAUGAAGAUUCGUUGACUAUCAUGAUGGUCAACUGUCAUGGCAUAUAUUUAUUCAAAGGUAACAUAGUGGCCAAGUUUUGAAGUAUGGAGUGCAUGAAAGCACUGCUGUGAAGUUUUGAAAUCACAAUCCAGCAGAAUGUAACAUAAUGAAUUACAAGUUUACUUGCGAUUGGUCGGUCGUUAGGAUGUAACCGAGAAAUGAAUGAAUUUAAUGUUGUUGGUCAUUGUAUAUUACAUUAAGACAAGUAAUCUGUGUGAAUGUUGAAAAACUAGUUUGAAAAAUA